CCAAAAAUCAUAACAUACUGCAGCGUUGAGUUAAAGAACCGGCCGGUUAUGUGCACUUUCUGCAUACGUUUUUGAGGCGUGUAUUUCACUGACAGUCGAAAAAGACGUGAGUUUUGUGUUAGCAGUAUAGUGUGGAAGAUGCCUAACCACAAACACCACAAAUCCCGAGGCAGGGACGUGGAUAAUAUUGUGAUAAACAAUCGGAACUGUAACGUCGCUGAAAACGGCCAUGCGCCACCUCGUGAAGCCGCCGAGGCUAACGGUGGCCAACACUUCUACGAAUGUUGUAUUCCAACGGGGUGCAAGACUUCGGAGGAGGCCAUUGACAGCAACGACCCGUACGAUGCGGUUAAAGUUUUCUGUAAUAACGAGAACUGCAGCGUGGGGAAGUGGAUGCACAAGGAUUGUUUCGAGGAGUGGGAACUGUCGGUUCUUGCGUACUUGCGUUCGUGCGGUCGGGCCAGAAGUUGGAGCGAAAAACAGAGGCUUCAGAACCUGUGGACGAAAAAGGGGUACGAUUUGGCCUUCAAAGCAUGCGACUGCAAGUGUGGCAAAGGACAUUUGCGAAAGGAUCUGGAUUACAUCCCGAAACUGGCAGCGCGAGUGGAGGAUGUGAAGAAGCAGAAGAAGCACAAGAAGAAGAACGACAAACCCAUGCCUGUGAUGAGCACGUCACAGAAGACGCCCAACUCAACAGCCCACAUGUUAACCACGGCGCACACCACUGGCACCGUUAACUACAACUACAUCAACAACAACGUUUACAACGCCAAUGUUAACACAACCACGAAGACUAGCCCUGACGGUAGUAAAAGUGGCAGCACAUUGUCGAUAAACACCACCACCAGAGAUGACAACGGAAACCACACAGUCCGUGACGACAAUGGCAACAGCACUGACAGCAGUGUGUCCAUGUUGCUGACCACCCAGAACGGCAACCCUCAGCGGCAGAGAACGGGCAGCGCCAGCAGUCACAGCAGCACAGGAAGCAGUCCACCAAACUCAGCCACGUCAGGUUCGCCGCUCUCCACCUCCCCAGUGAAUGGCAACUGUUUCUUCAAGCAGGUGAAGAAGCUGGAAUACCUGGCAGAUUCCACUUCAGCCGCGGGCAACAUUUUCAAACGUCGACUCGAUUAUUCUGCAUUUGACAUUCUACCUCGCUUCAAACAGAAUCCGUACAACAUUAAAAUGGAGGAUGAGGGUCCACAUGGCAACGACGACACUAGGUCUUUUGUGUUGUCAACGCUCAGUUCAUACAAGAUGACGUCACUAAAAUGCAUAAUAUGCAAGUGCCACCUGCCGGUGUUCGACCACUACCCUUUGAUUGAUGGAACAUUCUUCCUCUCACCACGCGCAUACGACGAAUGUGUUGUCCAAGUCAUCUGGGAAGGCAGAAUCCAGUUUCUAAACUCCAUUUGUGUGGGCUGUCUAGAAGGUCGAACGGACAUAAAGUGUUGUGCCUGUAAGCAGAAGUGGGAUGGCAGUUCGUUCGUGCUCGGAACGAUGUACACUUACGACAUCUUUGCGGCCAUGCCGUGUUGCCAGAAGCGACUGACGUGCAAGUACUGUCGCCGCGCCGUUGUGGACGUCACAUCCGGCCUCAACUUCUUCAGCCAGUACAGCCAGAUGAUUAUAUGUCCGUACUGCAAUGCCAACGACUACCACUUCAUCCGCUCUCUGGGGGAAACGUUCAUCGUAAAACCUAUAUGUUACUGACUCUAGCCUGCCUCUCCUAGUCCUGAAGACAAUGCAACUCACCAUGUUCAUCAUUUAAACGUGCUAUCUUCAUCUCAUCUCGUGUCUCGUCUUGGACAGCUUGCGGACCAUAUUUUGUAUGAACAUCGGUGCCACGUGUGUGCGCAUGAUAUAGAGUCCAUGUGACGUGCUCACCACGUCGCACCGAUACAACGGCUUUUAAAGGCAGCUACUUGCACAUUCGGUUUGUUGUAGUUACCUCGUGUGCGUACACGAAUGUAAAGUGUGUAGUGAGUGGUCUGAAAGUACAAAACUGUUGUUCGAUGGUACAGAACUGUUUGGUGGUACAGAACUGUAGCAGUAAGACUAAAAGAUUUACAUUGUAGUGGACAUUUUUAGCUCCCUUCGUAGUUCAGCUUGUGGACAUUUUUCAUUUAAAAAUAUUGAUGUAACUAUUGUUUUGGAAAAGUUGUUUCAAAUAUGUCACUAUACAUAUAUUGGGUUUAUUAUAUGACUUCUGUGUAUGUUUUCUAUAAGAACUUAUUACAAAAAGAUGAGUACCUGGAAUGGAUAUGUUUGGUUUGGGAUGUUUUGUGUUGCUAUUGUUUUUAAAUAUGUUUAAAUAGGUGUAUUUUGGUUGUAUUUCACAUUUUAUAGCGACAUGGUUUAGCUGUUAUUCACCAAAUAUUGGUUGCAAAGUAAAGCUGAAUUUGGCAAAUUUGUUUACAAGGUUUACAAUUCAUUUUGUGGAAUGGGAACCCGGAAGCAAUCUUUGCUUCACAGAUUUGUAGAUUGAAGCAAAUCGUAGAAUUUGUGAAACAGUUCAAGAAAUUACUAUCAAAAUUAAACUUGCAGCGUAACAUUUUUAACAGCAAUGUCGAAGACGACAAAUGAUGAUAAAAGCAUAAGAUUUGUAUUGUGGCUUUUGAAAAUCAAGAAUUCUUGAUAUAUAUCUGAAAUACUGUUAAAAAUAUGAUGGGAAGCAAAUAUUUGCUUGUAAAGUGAAUUAUCAGAAAGCAUAUUGUGCAUUUGGAGCAGCAUUAGCUGCCUGCAGCAGGAAGCUGCUUCAAGAAUCAAGUUAAUACCAUUCUUUAACAAGCUUUAAUUUUGCUAUAUUUUGUUUGACUCAUUUUUUACAUUUUAAUUUGGAUACAGAUUUGUGAUCUAACUCGCCAAAUUGCAAAAAAAAAAAAAAAAUUGCCGAAUUAAAAUUGUAAUCGUAAAGCAAUGAAUAAAAACUUUUAGUGUGUUGCUUUUGGAAUAUGUACAGACUAGUGGAAUGAAAAUGAACGUGAAAGCAGCAGAAUACCUGUUAAUUAUGUAAUUAUAACAAUAAAACUAAUUUAACCACGUGCUGAUAUAAUUAUCCACCACAUUUUAAAUAAUUAUUUAAUCAUGCUUUUUUUUUAUCAUAACCAAAAAUAUAUGGUUGUUUGCAGUUUAUAUGAUUAUCUUAAUUCUGAGAUGUAUAUCAUUAUAUAUGCGAUUUAAGUUACAUUUGUUAAUUAUACAUGAUUGAUUAUUGCCAUUUUAGUUGUAUGUGUGUUGUCCGUCAGUCGGUCAACAUGAUAUUAAAUUUAAAACAAAGGUUGCAGUGACUUUAGCACCCACCCAUUCCCAAAUUUGAAAACUACUGUUGAAAUUAGUUUUUUUUUAAAUGUCUUCACAUAAAUUGGUUCCAAUACUUGGAAUAGGUCGACCCCUGUUGAUGGCAAAAGAUGACCCAUAGCAAUUAGUAUUGGUUUCGUUACACCAUUCUUUAUUUCUGGGUAAUAUGUGGGGAUAAAGGGAGGCUAUCUAACAAUUUAUGAAAAUGUAUAUUGGUUAUGUCUAUAAAAAAAAUAGUAAAACCUAUGUUUUUGUUAGU